UGCAAAACUUAUUUAUUUCAGACACAAAUUUUGUUUUUGUUUUAAUUCAGCAGUUAAACAAAUAAGAAUUGCUAUUAUUUCGCACAAAUAAUUAAUUAACUCACCCUUUAUCCAGCCAAAGCAAAAAGUUUAUAUGAAUUUUGUUUAAUAAAGCCGAAUUCGAUAACAAAAACAAACCGGCUUUCGGAGCACGUGGAAAAGAUUGUUUAUUCUAGAAUCUUGGCGAUUUCAUCACAAAAACACAUGUGAUAAUGGUUUCCGAGGCUUUCAGUGAAUUUUACCUAUGCAACUUUAAUGACCAAGUGGCUGCAGAGGAUCUGCCCGCCGAUGAGGCACUGCGUCUGUUAUGGACCCGCCAGGAGCUGUGGACGGUCGAGGACCUAAGGGAGAUCCUUCAGCGCUGGCGGGCUAAAGGCAAAACAGACCUAAGGGACUUCCUGUGCCUUAUCUUUGCCUUUGUCCAGAAUAACUUCACUGGACCCUUUGACAAGGCCGCCGAUUGCCAGCUGCAGCUCAAUCUGGAUGUGGAUGCCUCGGAGAAGCUAAAGGCCAGCGGCGAAGAACUCAAUCCCAAUGUCAAGACGGCAGAACUCCUGUUGGUGGCCAGGGAAAUACUUGAGGGAUUGCUGAAGACUCACCCCGACUCAAAGGUGCUGACCUGGUGGCACUUGCGGUUGAUCUGCCUGCACCAGCAUGUCCUGGAUGAUCUGGCUGCUGAGCUGUAUGAGCAAUUCAAGAAGGCAGCUGUGCUGCUUCAGGCCCAAAUACAGCAGUUUGAAAGCAGGGAGCUGCAAGCUCUGCUGCUGCUUGAAUUGGCCAAUGGUUACCUGCAGUUCCACCGCUCCGAUACGUCCUCCCAGCUGCUGGAUCAGCUCUGCACACACCUGGAUGUGGAGCUCAAGGUGGAGGGUUUGCUGGGUGUACGCACAAAGUUUCAACAGAAGGCUCUACCCCAGCUCUGCCUUAAAGUGGAUCAGCUGAAGGAGCAGACAGCCUUGACUGCUGCCAGCAAGACGAAUGAAAAGACACAGCUGCCUAAGCUGCUGCUCCUGGAAGAUGACACCCGCCUAGAGCGCAUACGAUUUGUGGAGCUGAAGGACAAUGAAGUGAUGACACUGCCCAGCGUGCUGCAAGCUUUGGUCCUGGCCAAGGUAAAACAACUGAAACGCUCACAGCCCAAGGAUCGUCUGGCGGACGAGCAGCUAGAGCCCUACACCCAAACGCUUCUUUAUCAGGAGCAUGGACCACUCCAAGUGCGUCAGGCAGCUCUACUUUUAAACUGUCUCCAGGAAUCCGGACAGCGCAGAACGGUUGAACGCAGCUGGAAGCAGUGCGAGGAGUGCGUUAAGCUAUUGGACCGCUCCGAAGAGGAACUAUCCCUUCGCUCUCGCCUUUCCUAUGGCUUUGCGGCACAUCUGCAACCCAAGUGGCAAGUGCAGCUGCAGCUGGUGGACUUGCUCCGCUCCCUGGGCAUGACCAAGACAGCGCUGGAUAUCUGCCUGAAGAUUCAUGCCUGGCAGCAGGUCAUCGAGUGCUAUACUAGCCUAGAGCUGCGCCACAAGGCAGCGGAAAUCAUCAGGCAGGAGCUGGAGAAGAAGCCCACAGCCUUGCUUUACUGCCUUUUAGGCGACGCCAUCGAUGAUCCCCAGUGCUACGAACAGGCUUGGCUUCACUCCAAAAAGACCAGCGGCAAGGCCCAAGCCUAUUGGGGCAACUACUUCUACAGGAGAGCGGAAUACGAGAAGGCCAUGGAUCACUUUGAGGUGUCCCUGGAGAUCAAUACGCUGCAAGAGGCAAUCCUGCUGCGCUGCGGCUAUUGCGCCAUUCAGCUAGAGCGCUGGGAGGCGGCUGUUAAAUCCUACCUGGCCUACACCCACCUGGAACCGAAUGGCUUCGAGUCCUGGAACAACCUGGCCAAGGCUCUCAUUAAGCUGGGUGACAAGCAGCGAGCCCACCGCGUCCUGGGCGAGGCCCUGAAGUGCAACUACAGCAACUGGAAGGUUUGGGAGAACUACAUGCUGGUGGCCGUGGACACCUCUCACUGGGAGGAUGCCAUGCGAGCAUACCAGCGCCUGACGGAGCUCAAGCAGCACUACCUGGACCAGGAGGUGCUCACCAGGAUCGUCUAUGGUAUUUCCAAGGAGGAUCCCGCGGGUUCUAGUGCCCUUAUCAAGCGGCUUGUCAAGCUUCUGGGAUUGCAAAGCAUCCAGCAUGGGAACGAGCCUCUUGUUUGGGAACUGGCCGCCUUGGUGGCUGCAACGCCCCUGAAAAAAGCCGAGAAGCUUGUGAAAUCCUAUCGAGCAUACACACCCAAACAUUUAGGUUGGGAAACUAAAUCAGAGCAUGCCCUGAAGGCUCUUGAUUUGUGUCUGGAGGUCACAGAACUCUCCUUGGCAGCUAUUAUAGAGCACAACCAGGAGGAGAGUGAAGUGAUGAUUACAUCGCAGUUGAAUUCGGCCAGAUUGGCGGGUACUUCAUGUCUGAAUGCUUUGAAGAAGGUGAUUAACGUGGAAGUGACAGCAGAGCAGAAGGAAAAAGUAGAAGAGCUGGAAAAACAGAUUGAAAAUCUGACAAAAAUAGUCCAAGAGCGAAUGAGUGCGCCGCGUUCGUAGUUGUAAACUAUAGACGUACUUUUUUAUUUGAUUAAAUACUUUUUUAACUCUCUGGUAA